GAGAGCAAACGAAGCACUAAGCUUCAAUUCAUAUAAUAUUCAUCAUUCAAUAUCAUUACUACUACAAUACUUGCAUAUUUAUGAAGCUAAAAGAACAUUCUAGAAGUCAAUAAUAACAAACUUAGAUAACAUAUUCCUAAAGCUGGAUUUAGUUAAGAUGUUCCUACAUCAAAUUUGCUCAUGUGAUGAUAAUCCAAUAAGGGUCUGCAAACUGCAAAGCAUUUAUAUUUGAAAAAAUAAACAAGCUUGGUGAGAACCGCUGCUGAAAUGCUUACCAGUCGCAUUCGGAAGAGUCUCUCCACAAACGUGAAGCAAUUAGAUGAUGAAAGAUGCGCCUCUCAACAGCUUCACAGCACCAUCAUUGCCGUCCGAGAUCUCUUAUCUUCACUACCGUUCUCUCCUUCGAUUAUGCGCCAUUGGCCAUGCCCCUCCAGCCCUAGGGCGAAGCCUUCACGCUGCCCUCCUCAAAGCAGGAAUUCUCCUCUCAGCCAUUUCAUCGAACAUCUCCAGCGCCCUGUUCCACAUGUACACUGCCCUCGGUCCACCAUCCUCAGCCCUCAUAGCCUUCCAAGAUAUUCCAAGGCGAACUCGUUCUAACGUCGAUUGGACCGCACUUAUCUCCUGCUACGCUCGCAAUGCGUUCCCUGCCCGCGCUCUACUUCUCUUCCGAGCCAUGUGUCGUGACGGCCUGAACCCCGACGAGGUCACCCUCCUUUCUGUGUUAUCCGCUGCUGCUUGUCUUUCUUACCCCAUCAUCGGCGCCUCCGCACACCUUUUUCUCCUCAAGCUCGGCCUUCCAUUCACUGUCUCCGCUUGCAACGCCGCUAUGAACAUGUACACCAAAUGCGGACUAAUGCUGGAAGCCCGGCGACUCUUUGGCGAGAUGCCAAGUCCAAAUGUUGUAUCAUGGACCGUUAUCCUAGAAGGCUCCCUUCGUAUCGAGGGAAUCCGCAGCGGGCGCGAGGUGUUCGAUCAAAUGCCUGAGAGAAAUGAAGUUUCGUGUACCAUCAUGGCUGCUUCCUUUGUGGAAGCAAGGCAACCCCGAGAAGCUUUAUUCGUACUGAGCAACAUGAUAUUCAUCAAAGACUACUCCCUGAUGAGAAGAUUCAAUCACGUAAGCCUAUGCUCCCUCCUUUCUGCAUGCUCCCAAGCCGGCGAUCUCACCGUCGGCCGUUGGAUCCAUGCAACGGCUCUGAAAUCAAAUCUUUUGAACGACAACCAUCUUCUCAUUGUCAACACCGCUCUAAUCGAUAUGUACGCAAAGUGCGGGCGGAUUGAUGCCGCCAUUGCGCUGUUCAACGUGAUGCCUGCAAGAAACUUGAUCAGUUGGAAUGCAAUACUAAACGGGCUCUCAAUGCAUGGAAUGUGUGCUGAGGCACUGAGUCUUUUCUCUACAAUGGUGGAGGAAGGACUACAGCCAGAUGAUAUCACAUUUGUAAGUGUGCUCAGUGCCCUCAGUCGCGCAGGAAUGGUACAGCGAGGCCGCCAGUUUUUCCUUGAGAUGAAACAAGUCUAUGGCUUAACGCCUAAGGUUGAACACUACGCUUGCAUGGUUGAUCUCUUGGGCCGUGCGGGCCACUUGAAGGAAGCAGAAACUUUGAUUCGAGAAAUGCCAGUACGCCCCAACGAAGUCGUUCUUGGUUCUCUCUUGGCUUCCUGCAGCCUCCAUGGGAAGCUCAAAUUAGGAAAAAAGCUCUUGCAGGAGCUCAUGGAUAUGAACCCAAAAAACACAGAAUACCAUGUUCUUCUCUCUAACAUGUACUCAUCCCGCGGGCGGCAUGGGGAUGCCGAAGAGCUACGCAGGCAGAUAAGGAAGAGCGAAGAAAAGAAAGGACCUGGCAUGAGCUAUAUUGAAAUCAAUGGAAUUGCGCACCGAUUCAGUGCGGGAGAUAAAUCGCACCCUCAAACGAUGGAACUGUACACUAAAUUGGAUGAGAUUGCAUGGCGCUUGCGUUCGGCCGGAUACUGCCCAAAUGUAGCUUCUCAAGUGCCGCAUUCCAUGCAUGAUUGCUUGGAGGAUGGAGAAGAAAGAGAAGAGCGAGAGCAGGCGCUGCUGUCUCAUAGUGAGAGACUUGCCGUCGCAUUCGGUCUUAUUAGCACCAAACCUGGAAUGCCGCUUCGUAUUUUUAAGAACCUCCGCAUAUGUUGCGACUGCCACGCUGCAAUGAAGCUGAUUUCUGAGAUCUUUUGCAGAGAGAUCAUUGUUAGAGAUCGGAAUCGCUUCCACCGGUUCAAGGAUGGGACAUGCACUUGUUCCGAUUACUGGUAACUAUAGUAUUGAAGUACUUUGUCAUAUUCACGGAUGCUUACGGUGGUUGGUGAGCGAACACGGUUGGGAACCUCCCAUCCCGGAUUUGAACCCCCUACUACGGCCUCGUCUCUUUGGUGGGGCAAAGUAAGUGUGAGCCUGAUGCCGGUGGGUGGUCUUGCUAGGUUCCGUUAAGGGAUUAGUUACGUUGUCAAACGCUCCCUUUGGAGUUGCAGCAGGUAGAUAUCUCAUUCCCAAAAAAAGUAGUUUGUCAUGUAAAAGAUCAAUUUCUUUUGAUUUUGAAUAAAGCUUUGCAGAACAUUGGGUA